UGGUCUGCAGGGAACGUCCCUUCGGAAGAUGGGUCAAACUCUGUACGCAAUGCCAUAGUCAAUGCUCUAUGCGCGUGGGGUGAACUGUUAUUCCACCGGCUCGAUUUAAGUACCGAAAUUCCACGGAGCUCGGCCGAUUUUCAUUCUGACAAAUCAGGAAUGCGGGUCGAUAACAGUAUUGAGGAAUCUAGGAAGCGUACCGGUUUCGUGAAUGUGGAAAACGGGACAGCCGAGGAAGGCGGUUUCGUGCUUCCUUCAAAAAAUGGGAGACAGGUGGAGUGUGGGAUGCUGCGAGAUUGCCUUGCAGACCCCAUGGCCACAUACGACCGCCUGGCAAAAAUU